CAUUAGUAUUGCAAAAUACCCGUGACUGCUGGUAAUUUAUUAGGCAAAGCUUAAUAAAGACGUAUUUACUGAAAUCUAAAUUUUUUUUAGUACUUUUAAGUGAUACUGUAUUUUUUUUUUCUUACAAAAUUAUCCACCUCCCCUAACACAACCACCUUUCCGCCACACAGUUUGUAUAAAUAUAAAUUCAUUUUAAAACACAAACUGUACCUACCUAACUCUAAAAUCUCACAAAAAUUUCCCAAAUUUCGUUUUAUUAUCUUCUUGAUUCAGACAUAUUGUAAAAUCUGGUGUUACAAUUUUCAUUGCUCAAUUAGGCAGCAGAAGAUUGGUGACAUAUAAAGUAUUGUUCAGCUCUUUCUGAUUUGAAAAGAUACAUUUUCUUGUGGUGUUGGUGGAGUAGAGACAAUGGAGGCUAGAGUUUCACAGAGCCUUCAGUUGUCCUCAUGGAUAAAUUCAGAUAACAUAGUAAGGAAACCGAGUGGUUCGUUACGUUUAUCUGAGAAAUGGUAUGAAAAAACAAGGCAUCGGAUAGUCGUAUCCUGCCGUUUCCAGCCUAGAAAAGCUGCACAUUCUGAUAGACGAGUACAGUUGAAAGUUUCCUGUUCUUCCCACAAUGUGCAAGUGAGAGCAGGGGAUCAAUAUUGGAAGCAAUUCAAGCCAAUAACAUCAGUUCCUGCUGGCCUCCAUCCGCUUGGCAUGCAGUCUCAACUCAUUAACAAUAGAAGACGCUUGAUAUGUCCUGUUCUACAAAAGCGUGCUUCAAUAAUAUGUUUUUCUGCUCUGAAUGCUAGAUGUGCUGAAGGACAGACACAGACUGUUACACGGGAAUCAUCAACCAUUACAGUUGCACCAGUUCAAGGAAAGGAGAAAUCUCCUGAACUGGAUGAUGGUGGGACUGGGUUUCCCCCUCGUGAUGAUGAUGGAGGUGGAGGUGGAGGUGGGGGCGGUGGAGGCAACUGGAAAGGUGGGUUCUUCUUUUUCAGGUUUCUUGCUUUCCUAGGCUUGUUAAAGGACCAGGAGGAUGAAGGACCCUACCGGGACCAACGUAGAAGAUGAAGAAAAGCAGAAUACUACAAAUAUCAACAUAGAAAUUAAAGAAUUUUGGAAGUCCAGGAGUCAUAAUGGUCUUCCCUCAUCAUUCUCCAGACUGGCUUCGAGCAUCGUGUAGAGGGAGGGGACAAUAAUCUUCUAUUGAUUGUGUGUUUGAAUGUAGCAUUACCUAUAGCUCAUUUCUAUGUUCUUAGAAAUGGACAUUUUUUCUAACUCUUCCUAUACCUUGUAUGGUUGGGUAAGGUGCUAUCAUAGCUUUAAUUUGUUGUAUAAUGUCCUACAAUCCUUUUUUCUUAGGUGUGGGGAAAGGGAUUAGAAUGUUCUGUAAUGUGAUCUUAUUACAUAGUUAUCAGGUAUCAUUUCCAAUAAUUUUCACAAAUAAUUUGUCA